AAAAAAUUGAGGGCUUCUUUUUGUUUUCUGUGGCCUGUGCUUCCGGCGCUGAGUGUCCGUAAACUGCUGUGCUAUAUGUAAACAUGCAGCAAAGAGAAGAAAAGCAGUUGGAAGCGUCCUUGGAGUCUCUGAUUUCUCGAGUUGCGCAUCUGAAGAAUUCUCUCCAGAGCUUCAUCUAUAAGCUGGAAAAUGAAUAUGACAGAUUGUCAUGGCCCUCAGUGCUGGACAACUUUGCCCUUUUGUCCGGGCAGUUAAACACAGUCAACAAACUGUUACGUAAUGAGAAAACUCCAUCCUACCGGAACCAGGUCAUCAUUCCCCUCCUGCUGUCUCCGGACAGAGAUGAAGAAUUGGCAAAACUUACAGAGCAGAGGGUACCAGUUUUCAGUCACGAGAUCGUGCCGGACCACCUCAGAACAAAACCUGACCCAGAAGUGGAGGAACAAGAGAAACAGCUGAGCGCAGAAGCUGCCAGGAUUGGACCUGAAGUAGCUCAGAAACAGAUCCAGGCACUGAAUAAACUCUGCUCAAACCUGUUGGAAAAGCUCAACAAUCCUCGGGAUGACAGAGAGGCAGAAACUGCAGCUUUGCGUCAGAACAAACCAUCAUUCAAUCCAGCCGACACCAACGCCUUGGUGGCAGCAGUAGGCUUUGGGAAGGGGCUUUCAAAAUGCAGACCCCCUGGCCCUGUCACCCCCGGCCAUCCAGGACAGCCCAUGAUGACUGGUGGACCCACCCUGCAGCAGGUCACUAUUGCUGGCACCUCGGGACACCAGCCGGGCAUGGGGGCAUCAGGGACUCAGCAACAACCUGGACAACCUGGGAAAAUGCCGAGUAGCAUUAAGACAAAUAUCAAGUCAGCCUCUGCUUCACUGCAUCCUUACAAUCGGUGAUGUCAGACGGAAAAACGAUUUUUUGGAACGUGUUAACAAAAGAACAACAAAGCCAUGAUUUUUUUGUAUGUUUAUGGGGUUGAUUUUUUUUUUUUUUCUUUUCAAAAUAAACAUUUGUGAAGACGAACUAAGUUGUCCCUAACUACAAUAUUAUAUAUUACGGAUAUGCCCUCAUAUAUUUGGGCCUUUCUACCAAAUUAGUUCAAAUUGUGGUCC